AUGAGCAAACUAGCAAAGAUAGGUGAAACCACAUUCAACAAGAUUGAGAAAAUCAAUUCGGAAUUGUUAGCCAUGACGUAUGGCUCUCUCGUAACUCAAAUGUUGAAAGACUAUGAGGACGUUGCAGCAAUUAAUACCCAAUUGGAAAAGAUGGGAUACAAGAUGGGUAUGCGUUUGAUUGAUGAGUUCAUGUCAAAAAGCGGUUUGAGCUCGGGUGCUUGUCGUGAAUUUAAAGAUACAGCAGAGUCCAUUGCCAAAGUUGCUUUCAAAAUGUUCUUGGGAAUUAAUGCAAAUGUUACAAAUUGGAGCAAGGAUCAAACCGAGUAUAGUAUUGUGUUUGAUGAGAAUCCACUGAACGAUUUUGUAGAAUUACCAGAGACUAUCAAACAAAAACGAUUGUACUACUCGAAUAUUAUUUGUGGAGUCAUACGAGGAGCCUUGGAAAUGGUCUUGAUGCGAGUUGAAUGUGAAUACAAGAAAUGUCCCUUGUUGGGUGAUGAUCAAUCGGAAAUUCGUGUCCGAUUGAAGGAAUAUUUGAAGGAAACUGUACCAUCCGAAGAUUAA